GCUGCAGUUCAGAAAAUGGUCAGAGUUGUUGAGCUGUUACUAUAUCAUGAAGGACGACAUUCACCAGAAUCAUUAUAGCGGAGAAGAUUGAAAUUUGUAAAAAAAAUUAGGUGGUAAGGAGUAGUGGACAGUUUCAUAGACAUUUAUAGUGCCUGUGCCACCCAACACUGUAGCGGCAUUCUACUAUUCAUGACGCUUCAAGUCCGUCGCUUUGUCGAAGGUCUAAAACAUAAGGCGCCCUUUUAGCUGUGUGCCUCAGUUGAAGGUGACAAAGAAGGGAGAAUAGAUAGUGACACGUGUACUGAUAAUGCCUUAACCUGUUGCCACCCAUGAAAUGACAUGGUCUCAUGGCUGUACCACUGCAAGAGAAGGGUGAGGUCUCAUCCACUGGAGUUAGGCACUGCCCUCAUUGUAAUACUAACUGUGUUCAUCAAUGAGUAUGGCCUGUAUUAUGCACAGUAUAAGAGAUGGAUCGACUUAGAAAGUGCGAGGUUUUGGUUCCCAGAAAAACAGACCUUAUUCCUGUUGGUAGCUGAUCCUCAGCUGCUUGGGUAUCGCAGAGAAAAUAUUAUUACAAGAUGGGAUUGUGACAGGUACUUGAAGAAAACCUUUGACCUUGCGUAUGAUUAUGUGAAACCAGAUGCCAUCCUCUUUCUUGGGGAUUUGUUUGAUGAAGGAAAUGAACCUGAAACCACUACCGAUGAAUACAGGAGAACAUUCCAAAGGUUUAUGGAUAUUUUUCAGAAGGAAAAGGUGACUGGUUAUGGGAAAACUGCAAAAGUAGAGAUGAUCCCAGUCGCUGGUGAUAAUGAUAUUGGUGGAGAAUUUGAUGCUAAACUUCCAUGGAAAAUAGAACGCUUUGAAGAGUUCUUUGGAAAGACCAGUGAUGUUCACAGGAUCAAAUUUGUACAAGUUGUUAAACCAGCAUAUUAUUCACGUGACACACUAAGUGGAGAGAAGGCGAAAGAAUUUAAAAAGUUACUUGGCCAGCUUGACCCUAGUGACCAUGUCUUGACUGUGGUUGCUAAUCAUCAGAAUGUUAUAUCAAGUAACACUCAGUCGGUAAUAUCUCUUUUGAAGCCUGACUUGAUUCUGUCAGGGGACACACAUAAGCUAAAACUUUAUAUUUGUGACAACUGUCAAAAGAUUCCAUCAAAUAACUGGAGAUCUCAGGAUAUUGAUCAUUUUACAGACUUUGUGACACUUGAUUUGAAGGAGGAUAUACUGUAUGAGAUUGUUGUUCCUUCAUGUAGCUAUAGAAUGGGGGUCCCAGAUAUGGGGUAUGGUGUAUUAGUGCUUGAACGCCCAGGAAAAGCUUUUUACACAACUCUGUGGCUUCCAAGCAGGCUCAUCCAGCUCAAAGGAUAUCUUGUGAUAAUAAAUGUGUUGCUGGUGUUUUGGACAUUGGUCUGUAUAUGUAGGUGUUUAAGAAGAUGUUAGCAAGGGCAUUGCUGUGCUUGAGACAGUUCCCCAACAACCAGCCAUUCUUUACUAAAUGGGGAGAGGAGUUCCAGUCAUCAGUGGCACUUUGAAUGUCUGUGUGUGUGCAGUAACUGCAUCCCUAUUGUUGUUGGGAAGGAAAGAUAUGCUAGAUACUGUGUUAUUUGUGGCACUUUUAUAAGUUGUAUUUCCACCAGGGAGAGCUUAACAUAGCACAGAAAAAAGGUUUAGUCUGCUCAGCAGUGCUUUUUUGUGUAUUUUAAAGAUAAUAACAUAUGAAGGGAUGGUUAAAAAAGAUAAACAAUUGAAGUUACUUAAAACAUUCCUGUUCUAUUUUUAAAUCAUUAGAAAUAAAUGACUGCUGGUACUGCAUUCAUUGAGUAAUUCUCAUGUGAGUGACCAGAGUCAUGCAAACAGCUGUUGGGGCGUAAGUGUAGUCAGUUGAGUGUAUGAUAAUCAGUGAUAUUUAGUCAGCCCAAAAGAGAGCUUAUAACUUUCACUUAUUGAAUAUCUAAUGUUAUAAAUUCAGUGUACUAUAUAUUUUACUAGUAUUCAAGGUAUUUUACAGUGUUCACAAUGUGCACUAUUCUGUUGUAUCCACAGUACACAGUAUUUUCAGAAGAAGAAUAAACGUCGUUGUUUAGGAAUUUCGAAGUAGUUGUUGAUAUACUACGGUACAGCAUUUACAAAUGUUACUGGGAGUUGACCUUACUUGUGGGUCUGGAAAAUUCCACUGCUGAUAGAUUGUAUAAGUUGACAUAUGAUGUGCCCAGCGUGCCCAUCAUUGGGAAUUCAUUGGUGAUGGAGGGGGGAUAUCAAGCUCCCAAGGAAGCUCCAGCCUUUUUUAGUUGCAAUUGAAAAGUUCUUACUGUUACAAAGUAUAUAACAUAAGCACUACAAACUUUAUAAGAUCAAAUCCAGUUUACAAUAGAUUGCAACAUCUAAAAUUGAGCCAUGGGAAUGAAAUGGUAUUUUUUAUCAUUAGCAUUUUAGGCAAUUUAACAUGGAACAAAUGGUGUAUUCGUAUAUGGGGAUUGUGAGGGUGGAAUUUAUUAAUUAGUAUUACUGAUAGAUAGAAUUGAAUUUUACGUGGUUUGAAUAUGGAGCUUUUGAACUUUUUUGUAUGUUUGAUAUUGAUGAUGACUCAGUUGGGACAAAUGAUGUCAUCAAAUAAUGGUUUAAAUAAAGGUAUGUAACAUUACUGGUCAGAAAAUGUCAAA